CCGGAAGUUACACUGUUGUAGGAGGUUUCUGUUUACAUAUAUGGUUUAGUUCCGAUUUUUUUCAACGUGAAAGUUGUAUUUUUAUUUAUGAAGAAUACCGACUUCGUGUAUGAUCUGGUUUAUCGCCACAUAGUGGUUUAACUAGUGUACGUUAUACGACUGAAACAGAGUCUACCACCAGUUGCCGUCAUGUGACCGUUUUGAAUUUAAGCAGAUUUCUUUUGGAUUGGGAUUGAAGUUAUUGGCCAAACAUUGUAUAUGUGACAGCUAUAGCAGUAUGCUAUCUUAGUGAAAGAUAUUCCGACAGUUACUUUGACUUUUUAUACAAAUGUGUUUCCCGACCCUGAAUCUUUCAUAUAGGUCCUAAUUGACAAUCCAGUCACACUGGGAAUAAUAUUCAUCUUUAUUAUGAAAUAGAAAACACUGGCACACUGGAAAAUCUCACACAUCCUUAUUUCAAAAUGAGUCUUUUCAGUUGAUGGCAAGAAUGGAAAGUGUAUCUCAUUGAACAUGCGAAAUGUGAUUCAGUAAAAUUGUGUGUGCCGCUCUAACUCUCUGUUGAGAGAAAAUCACAAUGUUUUUCACGUUACGCGAGCUGGUGUGCUGGCUACGAAUGACAGGAUUUGAGAUAUGGAUGCACCUCAUCUCAGUGUUGGUGUUCUCAGUUCUUGCUGUGUUGAAGUACGAAGACAUCAUCGGCAAGUCGUGGUGGAUCUGUUUUAUUCCUCUCUUCGUCUGUGACGGACUGUGUGCGUAUUUUUGCGUCAUCGUUUUUAUUCGCCAGUAUGAAGAAAACGGCCUCAAAACGGCAGGAAUUCGCUUCUUGACUUCUCUACUGAGCAUCAUAUUACUGUUUGUGUUUAAAUUCCUCCUCUGUGAAAAGUUCAGUCAGACUCGGUCAUUAUCAUCGUCAGAAGUGAUGGCUCCCAUAUUUAUUUUCUUACCAAUUGUGAUGGUGCGUGCAUGUCGGGUUCAUUAGUAUAUAGUAUAUGAUGGUUGUAUUCACUGUCGGUGAUGUUUGAUUUUCUUGCCACUUCACCUUGGAUGUUGAUAUGAAAGGUUAUUUUUAUAAUAAAAUUAUGAACUGUGA